CUCUUAGUUUGGGGUUUGGGGAGCGAAAACUGCAAUUGACAGAGGAGAAGAAGAAGAAGAUGGCGAAAUCAACGACCGCAGCUAGCAGCACCGCGAAGGAUGCUCAAGCACUUUUUCAUUCUCUUCGAUCAUUUUACGUCGCCACACCCACAAAUCUUAAGAUCAUAGAUCUGUAUGUUCUUUUUGCUAUUUUCACAGCUCUGAUUCAGGUUUGUUAUAUGGCAAUUGUCGGAUCGUUCCCAUUCAACUCUUUCCUCUCGGGAGUACUUUCUUGUGUUGGCACAGCAGUUCUAGCAGUUUGUCUCCGUAUCCAAGUUAACAAAGAAAACAAGGAAUUUAAGGAUUUAGCCCCGGAGCGUGCCUUCGCUGAUUUUGUGCUGUGCAAUCUGGUUCUCCAUUUGGUGAUCAUGAAUUUCCUUGGAUAGGCAGUUAGGUUAUCAGGUCUAUCAGGAUAUGAGCCAGUAGUUUAUUGGCAGAAUCGGUUUUGAUAAUAUUUUGUAGAUGGAUAUAGAUGGGUUCACCGUUUCCGACAUUUUUCUUAGUAUUUAAAGUUUCUUUCAUAUCUUGCGUUCCAUGUAGACAAUUCGAGUUUUCCUUUUCCAGUUAUUUCAGUGAUUCCUUUGGAAAUUGUGCCAGAUGGACGCAAUAAUCAUGGUUAUCAUAAGAGUGACUAACAUGCUAUACUUGUUUAUUAAAGGAGAUGAGAUGAAAUGCUACUUGCAUUGUCUUUUUAACCUGCAAUCUUAUCAUGCUGUAUAA